AUGGAGAGAAGACCCCGACUGCGUGUGAGUGAUCCCUGCGCAGCGCCGUUCCCGAUACCUGCGAUAGAAUCUGACAAUCUCCCUGGUUUUGCAGUACCGUGGAACCCUCAGGCCUCAUUGGUACCCCAUUCAACAGCUCCCCUCGCAUGUCGAGUCUCAGUCCCUCCGCUAGCCUCGGUAGCUCCACAAUCCCUUCAUCCCCAAGCACUCCGAGAACUGUCAUCCGACGCACAGGAAGCGGCAAUACUGGAAGAUUUAUUAUUUGUGUUCAUGGGCUUUGAGGGCCAAUAUGUCCACUAUGCCAGCUCCUACGAUCCAUCGGUUGAGAAAGACCGACUUACAGGCCCGGUAUUCCAAAUCGCGCCAGGCCUGGACCCGACCUUGCGAGAUCUUACACAGUCCAUGUUGAAGAUGGCGACACACUACAGCGCCAUGGAAGCUUUUGUUGAAAUCCAGAGUCGAGCCGAGUGCGGUGCCGUUAGCCAUUCGCUGUGCGCAUCUAUUCGAAAGCUUCUCAAAGACUACCUGAUUCUCAUUGCUCAGCUUGAAGGUCAGCUGUUGAACAACCCUACAUUUACACUACACCUCCUUCACCUCCACACGAUGCCAACUAGCCAAUGCUUGGCUCAAUUAUAUUCCAUGGGUCAGGAGUUGUUGCUUAAGAAUGGUCUCUUGGAUGAAGAAAUCGAAGAGUCUAUUGAUGAUUUUGAUGAAGAUGUUGAUAAUAUUCUCGAACAGCUGAAAGAGGGAGGGGACCUAGUACCUGGGUCUAUGACGAGGAAGAAAAUGUGCAAAGGAGGAAAUAUUCUGGGGUUACUAACGGGACGCCUGGCUUCAUUUUCUGGAGAUCCCACCACAAAGAGCUUACUCCAGACCCUACUACGGGAUGCAAGUCGGCCGUAUAUGACGAUGUUGAACGAAUGGCUGCAUCACGGUGGUAUCAGAGACCCCCAUGCCGAGUUUCUGGUGAAAGAGCAAAAGUGGAUCAGACGCGAGAAGCUCGAAGAAGAUUACACAGAUGAAUAUUGGGAGAAGCGGUAUACCAUUCGCGAGAAUGAGGUACCACCCCAAUUGAGAAGCGUUCAAGACAAGGUCCUCUUAGCAGGGAAGUACUUGAAUGUUGUCCGUGAAUGUGGAGGCGUGGAUGUCAGCAAAGAAGUCAUGGAUGUGCCACAGACACUGGACGACCCUCGAUUCUUGGACAACGUCAACUCCGCCUACACAUACGCCAACGCUUCCUUAUUGAAUCUUCUGGUCACCAAAAACUCUCUUACCACCCGCUUCCGCUCCUUGAAACAUUACUUUUUCCUGGAUCGCUCCGAUUUCUUCUCAUAUUUCCUCGAACUCAGUGCAUCGGAGCUACGAAAGCCAGCGCGAGCUGUCAACGAGGGCAAACUCCAAUCGUUGUUAGACAUUGUGCUACGACAGCCUGGCAGUGUUGCAGCAUUAGAUCCAUUCAAGGAAGAUGUGAAAGUCAAGAUGAACAAGAUCGGUCUCACAAAGUGGUUGAUGCAAGUUGUCAACGUCUCAGGUGUCAACCAAGACGGCCCAGAAGCAGAGAAGCAACACGCAUCCGGCGACGAGGACAAGGAUAUUGUAGGAUUCGAUGCGCUUGAGCUUGACUACCAAGUCCCGUUCCCUCUGUCCCUUGUCAUCAGUCGCAAAACCGUGCUACGUUACCAAUUAAUCUUCCGCCAUCUCCUCUCGCUGCGCCAUCUAGAGACGUUGCUGGUCACAUCCUGGGCGGAUCAGAAUAAGACCACCAGCUGGCGACACAAGUCUUCUGAUCGUCGGUUGGAAAUCUGGAAACGUCGCGCGUGGAAUCUGCGCGCGAAGAUGCUGGUCUUUGUUCAACAACUUUUGUACUUUUGUACAGCGGAGGUGAUUGAGCCCAAUUGGGUGGGUCUGAUGGACCGUGUCAAUAGCGUGGAUGCAGAUGCAUCUCCGGUCGAGGAAAGCGAUAUGAAGCCCGUCAAUCGAACUGUUGAUGAGCUGAUGCAGGAUCAUGUGGAUUUCUUAGAUACCUGUCUGAAGGAGUGCAUGCUUACCCAAGCGAAACUGUUGAAGAUUCAUUCCAAGCUGGUCACUUGUUGUACUAUGUUUGCAUCCUGGACUGCAGCAUCACUAUCACGGGCAUUGGCAUCAGCCGAUCCCGACUUGGCCACAGGCAAAGUUCACGGUGCCGAUGCCCGGGGAUAUGAUCCAACCCGUAUUGGAAAGCUCGAAGAUACGCUCAAGCGAUACGAGGACCAUUUCUCGCGCCAUCUCCGCAUUCUGAUGGACAGCCUGAAUUACUUCGCCGCCACUGAAAGCGUGGUUCUACUGAAGCUCGCGCAUUCUCUGACAGCGAUCAGCAGAGAAGAAAGCAAAGAAGACUGA